AAGCCACGGAUAUGCAGAAACAAUAACAAUGUUGAUUAGUAUAUAAGAGCAAGAUUUUAUUCCAGGGAAGAAAGCUAACAACUAACUGUUUUUUAAACUAAUUCAUAUUUCUUCACCACAAGAAGAAAUGGGAGCAAGACGGAAGAUCAGUGGACGGAGGAGAAGGGUAGGAAAGGAGGACCAACCAAAUCCUUCAAUUCCAAUCCUCCUCUCUUCUAUGUUAUCCAUUUCUUAAUUCACUAAUUUUGCCAUUUUUGUAGUGAAGCUGCAAUUCGCUUGGCAGAGCCAGAAAUGGUUGAGAGAGAGGAGGAUGAUGGAGAAGAAUUUGCAGAGUCUGAAGACGAGGGACAGGACGGCUACAAAAUGGGUGGAUACCAUCAUGUUUGUAUUGGAGAUGGCUUCAAGAAUAAUCGUUAUAUAGUUCGGUCCAAGCUUGGAUGGGGUCAUUUUUCUACUGUUUGGCUCUCUUGGGACACCCUGGAACAUAGAUAUGUUGCACUUAAGGUGCAAAAGAGUGCACAACAUUACACAGAGGCAGCACUUGACGAAAUCACAAUUCUCAAAGAAAUUCUACAUGGUGAUCUGGAGAACAAGAAAUGUGUUGUCAAGUUGCUUGAUUAUUUCAGGCACAGUGGACCCAAUGGACAGCAUCUCUGUCUGGUUUUUGAGUAUCUGGGUGACAAUUUGCUCUCUCUUAUUAAGUACUAUGGUUAUAAAGGUUUACCUUUAAAUAUGGUGAAGGAAAUUUGUUAUCACAUCUUGAAAGGACUGGACUAUAUACAUCGUGAACUCUCUCUUAUUCAUACUGAUUUGAAACCAGAAAACAUCCUUCUUGUAUCUCCCAUCGAUCCAGCAAAAGACCCUUACAAAUCUGGGCAAUACUCUUUCAAAAAAAUUAGUGAAAAAUUCAAUCAGACAUCAAAUUCUUUAACCUUGAAGGAUACUGAGAAGUUAAAAUAUUCUGAAGUUUCUAAGGGGUCAUUAGUUUCUGCAGUCGCAAAAGAGCGGCUUACUUCUACAGCUUCAAAGGAAUCAUCAAAUUCUGAAGCUCCAAUGUAUCCAUCAAAAUUCAUGGAUCCUAUCAAGCCAUCAGUUUUUGCAGCCCCAAAGGUUACCACUGCAGGUUUAACCAAGAACCAGAAAAAGAAAUUGAAGAAGAAGGCCAAGAAGUUGGUUCUGGCUCUUGCUAAUAGUUCUAAAGAUUCAGAAUUGGUUAGCCAAGGACUGGAGGGAAUUAAAGAAAAUUGUAGUGUCAAGGAAGCUAAGUGUGAAAGUGUUGCUGAAAAAGAUGACUUGAGUAACAAUGUCGUCAAAGAAAAUGUAGCAAAUGUUACACCCCUUAAAAAAAUGAGGCUUUCUAUAAGGAGGAAGAUAUUGGCCAAAAUUAAUCUCAGAUGUAAAAUAGCAGAUUUUGGAAAUUCUUGCUGGACAUAUAAGCAUUUUACUAAUGAUAUACAAACAAGACAGUAUAGAGCUCCUGAGGUUAUCAUUGGAGCUGACUACUCCACUUCUGUAGAUAUAUGGUCAUUUGCAUGUAUUGCUUUUGAGCUUGCUACUGGUGAUGUGCUCUUUGAUCCACAUGCUGGAUAUUAUCAUAAUAGGGAAGAGGACCAUCUUGCCUUAAUGAUGGAGCUUCUUGGUCGGAUUCCAAAGAAAGUUGCCUUGGGUGGAUUUCGUUCUCACGAGUUAUUCAACAAAAAUGGUGAAUUGAAAAACUUUAGGCAGCUAUGCCUUUGGCCCCUGAGAAGAGUUCUUAUGGAGAAAUAUAACUUUAAAGGACAAUUAGCCAAAGAUUUCGCUAAUUUUCUGGUCCCACUCUUGGACUUCAUACCAGAGAGGCGGCCAACUGCAGCAGAAUGGCUUCAUCACCCAUGGUUAAAUGGUGUAUCUCAUGUGUCAUCUUCACCUGUGGAGAUGCAGAGGAACAGCCAUAUUGAUCAAGCAGUGAUUGUUCAACAAGUAUCAACUGAGCACCAUCCUAGCCCAGAUAAAACAGAAAAUACAAUGACAAAGGACAACGAUAUACAUAAGGCAGAGAUUUUGGUCUCAAAAGAAAGUGAACCAUCCUUAGAAAAAAUAAUUAAGUGUUGCAGUGAGAAGGAAACAUCACAUAAGGCAAGGUUCUUGACAGCCACUGUUGUCAUUGAAGGGUGCAAAUCAAGAACAAGUAUCCAGAUGAAAGCAGAAGAGGGCAACAGUGAAACUGUUAGGUGCAAACUAAGAGGCAACCAGCUGACCAAUGAAGCAGUUGCCAACAAGACUACCAAACAUUUCCAAUCAAAUAAAGAUGGGUACAAUGUAAAAGUUAAAAAUUACUAAAGAUAGUUUACUUUUUUAGUAAUCAAGCUCCAUUUACACAUCUGUUCUCAUUGAGUGAAUUCACAUCUUGAGGUUCUCAAUUUAAAGAAAGCAUGAAAUGCGGGAGCUGGAGAUAUUUAAAAUCUUAUGCCUUCAUCAUUCGAAGUAAUACUGAGAAAACAAAGUAAGGAGUAAAUUAGAGGGGAUAGAAGAGAGUUAAAACUAUAAAAAGAGGUUUUUACAUUUUAGCCAAGAAGGCUGGCUUUUCAUUGUGAAAUCGACUUAAGUAUU